CGAUCUUAUCCUUUUGAGUAUGUAUGUAUUUGGAAAUUUCGUAUCCUUCUGGAAUUCGAAAUGACAAAUGCAUACGUAACGUCAAAACGUGAAAAGUAUUUGCGAUACAAAUGUGAAAUAAAAUAAUAGUUUUAUUUCAUUUUGACUUUUUCAUUUCCAAUUAUAUGUUAAAUUAAAUACAUAUGUAAAUGAAAUUCUGAUCGUGAACGAAAGUAAAAUUGCCAAAUGUAAGAUAUUUGUACUAAAGAUAGAGAUAGAUGGAACUAAAAUAAUUGAAAUAAGGAUGUAGAACCUGUAAAUUGUUAACAUUAAAGGGGACAACUGCGUUCUCGAUAAUUUUGUCAUUGAUCGAAGAUGCAUGCGACCUUGUCAAAUGACAUCACGAUACUAUAUUAGGCUUUCUCUACCGGCGCAAACGUAUUGCAAAUUGCAACAUACACAAUACGACAGAAAGAUUUUAUGAUAAUUAUGUAUUUUACAAUUCAUUUGCAAAGGCUGCCACUCCUACCUUGUUACCCACACAUCACUUUAAAAAUCCGAAUCACUUGUUUAUCCUAUACAUUUUUUAUAUAUGAAAAUUAAUUGCUAUCUUUUUACUGGUUGAAAAUUCUAGAAUAAUUGAUUGUUAAUUUGUUUACAGAUAUAAUCACAAUAAAUAAUAUUUUGAUAUAAAAUGAAGAUCAUUUGUCAAUAGAAAUGUUAUUUUAUACCACUCAAUAUUUAUUAUUUAAAGUACAUAUCGUUAACAUACAUAAUUCAAGUUGUUCAUCAUCCUUGACAUUUUUAUAAGUACAACAAGUUCAUAUAUUCAUACACAAUGACUCAUACUUCAAGAUAUGUUGGAUACCAUGCUACUACAAAUCGUGAUUAUUUAACGGAUGGCGAUGAAAGCCAUCGUGCUCCAUCAGAUCGAACAGUAUCUGAAUACAUUGUGUCAGCUGAUCAUGCUACAAUGGUAAAAGCAAUGAAAAAAGACCGUCCUGAGAAAUAUGAAAAAGAUGAAGGAAGGCGAUCACGAAGUGCACACAACAGUCGCGUUUCAGUAUUAUCUGGAUCAUCCAGGCAAGGUUUGCAUCCGCUAAGAAAAAGUGCUUCACAUGGUAGUAUAUGUGACAAUGGCUCAGAUAUAUAUGUUACGAGUGCUGCUUAUAGAACAACAUCAGAUAUAAGCCAUGUAUCGCAUCACAGUCUGUCUCCAAGUUUAAGAAUGGGUCAUCGUGCACCUAGUCAUUGCAGUUAUGGUUCUGCAAAAUCAGUAAAAUCUCACACUUCCAGAAAGGAUGGUAUUAUUAUAGAAACUAUGUCAACGCCUAAUCCGUUUUGUCCAAAUACAAAGGGUGUUUGUUGUCUUAUGCUACUCCUCAAUCUUGGAUUAAUUCUUAUCGCAUUAGGUUUUGUUAUAGUCAUUCAAUUCUUUCAACCAUUGAUAGUUUGGAUUUUGGGAAUAGUCUUCCUUAUAUUUGGAUUUUUAACUUUGAUAGGUAGCUUAAUAUACUGUGUACAUGUAUUUAGAAAUGCUAAGCAUCCCCAUGACAUCAAUCCAGAAGACCUUUGUUGGACAAAGUACUGGCAGGGUCAUGUAGGUUCAGCACCUGAAGUGUACUACAAGACCGAGGAUAAGUAUCAAGAUGAUGGGUACAGUGAUCGUUUGAGUAAAUACUCAAAUAAAUAUUAUGACCGUCAAAGAUAUUAAAAACUAAUUUAAUGCAAAACGUAAAUACAUUCAGCAUAUUUAUGUUUUUUAUUCAUACAAUCACCAAACAAGCAUAAUAACAUAAGAAACUUACACACAAAUUAAUUGAAGAUGAAGAAAAUAUCUAUCGUGUAUAUCCUUGUUAUUAACAUAUGAUAUAAAAACAUAACAUGUACAAUUGUAUUUUGUAUAAAAUGCUAAAUUAUUUAUUUUAUA